UGUAGGAAGAAACCUGACCGUGACAGUUCAGAUGCUGUGACGGAACGACCCCAGUAGUUUGUGACUCUGGGUGGGCAGGUGGGACAGUACUUACUCCCUGGGUGCCCACAGCUUCCAAUUCAAACCAUUUAAAAAAGGGUUAACCUUUGUUUCCAGUUUAGAAGGGUGGCUGUUUAUGCCAAGUUUUAACCACAGCGAAAUAAUAUAUCAUAUUUCACACUGCUGUGUUCAAACUGGGGGCUGUAUGUGCCUCUCGAUACUGGACCCGAUCUCGGGCUGAUGAUGUUGGGCUGGAGGGUAAAUUCUGAGGGUCUUGGUGUCUCCCAGGAUGGGAUUUUUCAUGUUCCUCCUCUGCCACUGUCCCAAAAGCUGAAACCCUGUAGCUUUUAAAUCUGGUAUUUGUCCAAAACACGGGUCACAGCAAACUGACAGCUUCCUAUGCAGGCCAGCUGCCCCACCCUCUCCGGAGUCGCACUGAGCUCAGAAAGUCUCUCCUUUGAGCUGGUUCUGCAGAAUCGCGCUUUCUUGAAGCUCUUCUGGUUUUAUUGUUUCGAAACGGCACGGCUUUGUCAUUCUCCCUCGGUCUUAAACGGGCGAAUGGGAAAGAUCUCGCGUAUGUUUCAGGCUCGGGAAAACGGCGGCUUUAAAACAAGAAGGCAGCUCCGGGCUCACGUCAAGUGUUAACUUCAACGCUGCUCUUUUCGAGCGGUUCAUAUUCGUACUCUGCGAGGUAUCGCAACUCUGCAAGACCCAAAGCCAAAAUCCCAUGCUGUUCACAUUCAAAACUGAGAAGUUUCCCUCACCCUCACGACAUAGUGACAGGUAAAAAAAAAAAAACCCACAGAUGUCAAUCGGUCAAUUAAUGAAGGAGCGACAACAGUCACUUUUCGGUGCAGUUUUUUUUUUUACCGAACAGAAACGUCUGGCGUGAGGGGCUCUCGCCUUCAAGACUUGAGUUGUGCAGGCCCCCGCUACAACAUAACGUUUCGUGUUCUCCCGAGUUGCAAAGGCAACAGAAGUCACCGUGUUACAACGACACGCACUGCGCCCACAGCGAAGUCGCUUUGCCAGGCGAGCCCGCUACAACGUCGCCUCCAGCGCACGCAAGCCCCCUGACCGAGCAGCGCCGGAGACCACUCGGGUGAGCCCGGCGAUUCCGCAUCAGCCGGGUGUCCUCCGAGGCAGCAGAAAAUAGACCAGCCCAGACCCUGCCAGCUCAGCGCAUGCCUCGCGCUCCUCCCAUUGGCCCUCGCGGCGCUCGGCUCCGGUCCAAAGCUGAAUCAGACUGGGAUCUCCCCGAGUCUCGGCGCACCUCUGGCAGACUCCAGCCGGGGCCGAGAGCCGUGGAGUCGUUCGGGAUGUCCUCUGGUUGCCAUGCAACAGGGAACCUGUGUUGAGCCAGUGGGAGCCUGUGAUCACUGCCACGUCGCCAGAGGGAGACGCAUCACCUUCGCACGGCCUCCUGCAGGUUCCUGGGCUGCGCUUGGCCAACAUCCCCCUCACCCCAGAGACGCAGAGAGACCAGGAGCGCCGGAUUCGCCGGGAGAUCGCCAACAGCAACGAGCGCCGCCGUAUGCAGAGCAUCAACGCCGGGUUCCAGUCCCUCAAAACCCUCAUCCCGCACACGGAUGGGGAGAAGCUGAGCAAGGCGGCCAUUCUCCAGCAGACGGCAGAGUACAUCUUCUCGCUGGAGCAGGAGAAGACGAGGCUGCUGCAGCAGAACACCCAACUGAAGCGCUUUAUACAGGAAUUCAGCGGCUCGUCGCCCAAGCGGAGACGCGCGGAGGAGAAGGACGAGGGCAUCGGCUCGCCGGAUAUCCUGGAGGACGAGAAGGUGGAGGACCUGCGGCGGGAGAUGAUCGAGCUCCGCCAGCAGCUGGACAAGGAGCGCUCCGUCCGCAUGAUGCUGGAGGAGCAGAUGCGCUCCCUGGAGGCCCACAUGUACCCGGAGAAGCUGAAGGUGAUCGCGCAGCAGGUGCAGGAGCAGGAGCAGAGCCGGCUCCGCCUGCAGCAGCAGCACGAUCGGCUUGAGAGAGAGCAGCAGUCCCUGCGCGGCGGCGGCGCCCAGGUGGUGCCCCCAGCCACGACCCCCGCCCCCACCCACCACCCCACGGUCAUCGUGCCUGCCCCCGCGCUGCCGCCCCUGCCCCAUCACGUCACCGUGGUCACCAUGGGCCCCGCCUCCGUCAUCAACACAGUGUCCACGUCGCGGCAGAACCUGGACACCAUCGUGCAGGCCAUCCAGCACAUCGAGGGCACGCAGGAGAAGGCCGGCACGGACGAGGAGCAGCGACGCGCCGUGAUCGUCACGCCCGGCCGCACCUUCCCAGACACCCCCGACUCGGACACGGCCUCGGACAGCGAGGGGGGAGCAGGGGACGGAGAGCUGCCCUGAUCCGGAGGGAGGGGAGGGGUGGGGGUGGGUAGAGGAAAGAUCGUCCCGCGGACCCCUCGCAUCUUCCUACACACACACACACACACACCCCCCGCGCGGAUCCGCGCACACACUCACACUCUCGCUCACCGCUGCUCCGCUCUUCUGGGGACAGCGCGAUAAGUCCGGAGCCUCGGCUCGAGCUGAAACACAGCUGGCCCUCCACUUUUGAUACUGUACAGCUUAAGAGGAAAACUCAGUAGGCCACUAACCCCCCUCCCCCCCCUCACCCUCGCCGCCUCCCUCGCAGUUUCCUUUUAUUUUUGAAUUUCGAGACGUCCAAAGGUGGCUACGUGCAGCUUGACACUGUGAGAAUUUUAAAUCAUUUUUUUUUUACCGAAAAAAGUUUCUGUCCCCCUCCCCCCCACCGACCUUGAGCUUUAAGCUUUGGACAGAGGAAGGGUCCCCCCUUUGAAACAGCAUCGCCUUUCGACCUCGGCCUCCUCUGCGCCCGUCUCGCCACGAAGCAUUUUCCAAUUUUCACUGCCAGCAGCCGACGCCUGUCUUGGGGGCUUUCCUCAUCGGAAAAUCGCCCGGAGCGGGAGGCAAAAGAAAAAGAGAACGCGAAAAAAAUCUCGAGAGUUUGAUCAGCAGAGAUAUAAAGACUGCCAAAGAGUCUGCCUUCGAUGGGCGCUUCUGAAGAGUUCUCUCAGAUACAGUAUCCAGUUUUCCCCUUUGGGGAAAGCAAGAACAGACACACUUCAGAGUUUGCCCACAGUGAGAAGCGUUGCAUAGAUAUCCGUUGGCCUUCAGUGCUUCGACUGGCUCCACCUUCACCUCCACGUGUUUCUCUGAGCAAUAUUCCGGAAGUGUCCACAUAAAACAAUAUAACCUUCUUGUAGCUUCCGUUAGCUGACAGGAAUCUGCAUCCAGUACAUGUCUGAAACUCUUCCCUGUCCUAAUACCCAGCAGCUAGCAGCUUCUUUUUUUUUCUGUGCUGUAAAAGUGAGCGACAGUCCUUAACCAGCCCCCGAAAUCUGGGAUGCACUUCGUAACAAGGCAGCUCUUGCCGGACUGGACGCGCACUUAUCUUUCCUGUGGGGAAAAGCCCCUCCCGCCCAAAAGACUGUAACCUACCCAGGAUUCCCACUGCACCGUGUAUAGUUUACAUUUCUGACGCUGUAACAUUUUCUGUUAGCAAAACGGUUGAGAACCGUGGGGCUGCUCCAUGCCAGUCGCGGUGGAAUCCACUUUUGAUUUUUUUUGUCUUCGUUUUUUGUCGUCAUAGAAAGAGUCGAUGUCACAAUGAAUAAGCUAUCCUACAGCCGUGAGGCUUCAUGAAGCUGCGCGAUGCCAGUGGGGCAAUUUUUAGGGUUGAGAGGGGCGCGUGUUUCCCAGCAGAUCUGUAAACGCCGGUCCCUGGCAUCUGUACGUGUUUGUGUAUAUAUAUAUACGCACUCAGGCACCGUGUUUUGCAGACCCCCCGGCCUGAGUCGAGUCCGUCGCUGAUGCCCGUGUGUCGGUGGAUCUGAUCUAUGCAUGCUCACACGCACAAUCAUCGCUUAAAAAAUCCACCCUCCUGGGGUUCUCACAGCUGUGCCGUCGCCUCUGCACCCUGGGGCGAGAGAAAACGCGCCCGCCUGCCGCGGACUGCCCAGCCUCUCCCUUUGUCCGGAAGUGGCUGGAGAUUCCGUUUGACCUCGGGAUUUUUCCCCUGAGCACAUCUCCCCCCCCACCCUUAAAAAAGUUCCAUAACUGGUCCCUUUGAUAUAUCACGUGCGGCUACUCAGAAAGUGACACGGUUCUUGUAACAUGAGUGCGUUAGUGUGUGGUUGUUAUGUAUCGUUGUCUUUCUCUUGACAAACAACUGGAAUCCUAGUGUGGCAAUCCCUCCAUUCGUGCUGGUCGUCAGGUCACAUGCUCCUGCUCAGCAACUUGGAGUGGUGCUGCUAUAAGCAACCCAAUGUAGAUUUAUUUCUUUUUCUUAAAUGUAAAUAUGCUGGCAUAUAUGGUCUGUUUAACAGUGGUCAUUGGGUGCGUAUAUAUAGAUACAGUUUCCCCUGUCCCUUGUUGGAUCUGUUCAUUCCCAUCAGUCUCAUGCCUGAGGCCCUAAACUCGAGGUUUGUUGGAAUAUAAAAUCUUGAUGUCAGACCCGAGCUAAAUGAGAUUCAGAGAAUUGGUCUGCAAACGUACUGACACGCAACAUUUGGCUGUCCGGGAAGACAAACUGGGCUAAUUGUUGAUGACUGUUUUCAAGAAGAGGCAUGGUUGGGUUUUUUUUUUAUUAUCUUGUCAUUUGCAGAGCUCUGCUACAUUCAUUCCUGCUUAAUUUCCUUUAGUUCUCCCCCAGCCUUUCGGGAAAACAGGGACUGCAAGGAAAUGAAAACACGUAAAUGUUAAUUGAAAGAUGAUGAUAUAAUUUUCCAAGCUCAAUGCUUAACACAAACAGCAUUGAGCACAAACAGAUGCUUGGGGAGGUUUUGUUGUGUUCCAUGCAUGCAAGUUGGAGAACAUCUCUGAUUCCACUGCCUGAGUGUUUUCUUUCUCUGUUUCAUAAUUUUGUACAAAUGAUCUGUGGAAUUCCGAAAUUGUGCUUUGCACAAAAGUACAGAGGAGAGCAUAAGUCUCUUUACCAACAGUCAAUGUUUUGUCAAACAGAAACCAGUGAGAAAGACCUGCCACCUAUGGCAGGGAGUCUUAAAGAGUCUGUACUCUCCUUGCCACCUGACAGCAGCCCUGCAGGACAGAAAAUCAGCUUGCCUAAAGCAGGCGUAAUCGAGCUUGCCUUAAUGGUCUCCUGGUCCUGGAAGACCAGUGUCUCUGCUGUUGUUUUUGUCCCAACUGGGCCCUUAAUCACCAUAUGUGAUGGAUUCCUGUGACUGAUCGGCUUGCCGUUUUAGACUUUUUUUUUUCUGAACUCAGACCUUGAGAACUGUAUUGGCAGGACUUAUAAGAUCCUGCAGGUGUUCUUCAGCUCGUUCCUGCUGAAGGUACCUUCGCAAAUACCUUCAAGGUGUGUUAUUCCACUCCCAAAACACUCUGCAGUCGGUUCUCAGCUUGCUCAUUAAGAAUUUGCCCCCUUAUUUCUGACUGAACUGCUCUAGGUAGGUGAUCGAUUGAUGAUGAGCAAAGCUGGGGGUGACAUUGUAUCGGACAAAUCUUUCAGUGAGUCACUGGUUUUCCUUCUGCCCAAGUCCGUUUGGUUAAAUUUCAGCUAGCAGACCGGAAUGAUCACAAUCCAGAAACUCACAAACAUUAGCGCCGUACCAAAUCUCACUCAGCUUUUUAAGCUGUGAAAGGAAAUUUCAGUCUCAAAUAGCAAAUUGAAAUCCAUGAGCCUGUGAUUAAUAUCCCGGUUGGAUCAAAACUCGGUAGAUGCAGGGGUCCAAUUGGACUAUGGGUAAUCCAUGCUGAGGAGACAUUACUGAUUUCUUGGGAGUAAACGAGCAAAAAAAGUAUUGCCGUUUACAUGGAUAAUGUAGGACUGAACUGUUUGUAAACAUUCCUCCAGAGCUCUUCGACACAUUGCAGUCCUCGAAUUUUUGUAUAGCGCUUAUCGGACAGUUUGGGGGUUAAGUCUUUGUUUUCUGAGCGAGUUUGCUACAGGUACAAUGAGGCCUGCCUCUGGUCUUGUAGUACUUGGGGUUUGAGUGUGACCAUGGGCAAAGUCCACUCACCUGUUGCAGUGGGUGACAGGUGGUAUUUAAGUGGUCUCAUUCAUCGUCCCUCACUGCUGUUACAAGGAAACGAGGUGGGAAAGUGAGGUGAAUGACAGACCCCGACAUUCCUGAAAAGUAUCUCUGAAACGUUUGUCUAAACAACUAGAUUUGAUUUUGUUUUUAGAAUUACGAAGAGGUCCUCCUUUGUGCCAAGUUGGUGUGUAGUAUGUGCAGACUUGUCUGACUUGGUAACAGGUUAGUGGGCGUGGAGUUUGAACAUACUAGUGAGCAAUAAACUGACUGGGAACAAUUUGCCUCUUCUUGAAACAGUGAACCCCCCCCAGUGACUAACCGUGGACCAACCAGUUUCAGGCCCACCUGUAAAGCUCACGGCAAAUUCUCUGGGCCGGUUCUGUUAGAUGUGAGCGGGUCUGACAGCGAGAAUAUUCCUCAGACCAUGAUGUUGACUGUGAUCACGAUUCCGUGGAGCUGAAAGGAAUUCUCUUUCCAAUCAGGGCAGAGGGAGGGAAUGAAGACCAUGUCCUUCGUCUUUACAAAGUCUUCUGUGUAUAGCAGUAGGUGGACACCCCAGGGUCACUGAGAGUCAGUGCUGUGCUUUUUGUGCAUCUUGUUUAAUUGCCUUAUUUGCUGAAAUAAGGAAGCGGUGCUUAAUUUGUCCCAUUUAGCUUAAAGGUCCAAUUGAUUAUUUUGAGAAAUUGCGAGCUCUCGGAUUAAUCGCUCCAGAUGUGUUUGAGGGGCACGGUUUCCCCACCAACAGUACAGAACAUUUCCCCUGCCGAACCCGAGAGGUUCAACUCUUUUUAUUAUUUUUUUUAAGGAUUGAGGAUAGCAAAAACAUAUCAAAGGCUGGUGAAAGAAACAUUGGCAAUGAAUUAUGACUUUGAAGCACUUAUACUGGAGGAAUAUUUUUCUAAUUGAAAUAGUAGUUGCUAAAGCGCUUGUUGCUGUGAGUUAAAGCCCAGUGGGUGAGUCCCCAGCCCUUGAUCCUGUAUCAUUCUGUCUGAAAGGCUCACUUGUAUAGCGUCUCUCUCUGUUUUUCCAGUCCUGCUCUCCCCCACCCCCGACGUUAAUUACAGAACCUUUUUUUAAAAAAAAAACAACGAAUCUCAUUUUGGUUUUUGUUCUUUUUUUUUUGUUUGUCAAAUGGAAUUAAAUCCAUGUGGUCGUUGAGAAGCUAUUAUAUUUUGUUUAAAAAAAAAACCUGGGAAAAAAAAAGAGGCACGUGCCUUUGUAAAGAAAGAUAAUAAAGUUUGUACUUUGUUUUUUAGA